AUGGAUCACCUUGCACUUUGUGAUAAAAGCGGCAUUUCAAGAGUCUUCUGUGGAUCCGCGAACCGCGACCCUUCCAUGCCUUAUUUGAAAAAGCAUUGUUCAAGUAUUCCAAGCAGCAAAUCGUUAAAUCUCAUGAAAGUUGAUAUUUUCAUGCUCAUAUUUCGCUUUCUCACUUCUUAUCCAUACAAUAUCUUACGCGCUUUUACUACGAAUAGCAAACACGAACUGAUUCUCGCUUUAUCAUCCCAUCGAAACGCGGCUGCAAGUCCAUAUCAGCAAAUUUCAUAA